CAUUCGGUUUAUUGCUGGCAUUGGCUGGUUAGUCGUUAUUCGUCGUGCUUUGGGCGCAGUCGUGUUGUUUAGCAUAUUAAAGGCCGCUACGCAGACGUCGUAUUUUAGUAACCCAAAGACCAAUAAGAAGUAUUUCAAUAUCCAAGAGGCCGAAAAAAAACGGGGUAUACAAUAUAUCAAGUGCUAAUUAAAAAAUUUUCUAAUUAAAAGUUCAAAUAUAAAAUUGACAUAAAUUGAAAUUCACACAACAUAAAAUGGAUGCGUCGCCUGAAGUCUGCAGUUCAGUCUCAAACACAACAACACAAACAACAACCACUCAACUGAAUACAGGCAACAACAACAGCAGCAGUAACAGCAACAACAACGGCAACAACAACAGCAACAACAACAACAACCACACCAUACAGGAUCCACAGCUGCCCAAAGUAAGCGCCUUCUUUAGCAGCAGCUCCAACUAUCAGAGCCGUGUCCAGCAACUGAUCAGCUUCAGCUUCACAUCCUCGUUUCACCUCAUCUUUAUAACGUGCAUAUUGAGCAUUAGUAAAUUUUGUAAUGCCGCUGCCGUGAAUGCUGCACAAGUGACCGCUGCGGCGCCCAGUCCCAGUUUAAUAAUCUCAAAUUUAAGCGGAUCGGCAUUGCUGGAGAAAAUCAGGAUGACAACCCUGGGACCGCAGUUGGAUAAACUCAAGAGCUUUACACCAGCCGCAGCCAAUAGCAUAAGUUCGGGCAGCAGUUCGAGUAACUCAUUUGGUUCAGCAUUUUUCAACAGUAAAAGCAUCAAUCUCAACAUGGACUUGUUUCUGAAUGUGUCCGGAAAGAUUAAUACGCCAUUGGAUAUAUCCCAAACACUGCCACAUAUCUGCGACGAGAAGCAGUUCCAUUGCUCCAGCGGUGAAUGCAUACCCAUACGAUUUGUCUGUGAUAACGAUGCUGACUGCAAGGACCACAGUGACGAGCAGCAGGAGCAGUGCAGGUUUCCAGAAUCAACUUGUGGCAGCGACCAGUUCCGCUGUAAUAAUGGCAAUUGCAUUCCAAACAAGUGGCGUUGUGAUCGUGAGAGCGACUGUGCCGAUGGUUCCGAUGAGUCCCCAGGGCUGUGCAAGAGUAAAGCAUGCUCGUCAGAUGAGUUCGCCUGCAAGAGCGGCGAUGGCGAAUGUAUUCCACUUAACUGGAUGUGUGAUCAGAGCAAAGAUUGCAGAGAUGGUAGCGAUGAGGCAUCGUGCAAUACCACCUGCCGCUCGGAUGAGUUCACCUGCGGCAAUGAACGCUGCAUACAGAAGCGUUGGGUCUGCGAUCACGACGACGACUGCGGUGAUGGCAGCGAUGAGCGAAACUGCCCCAAAAUCGAGUGUCCAAGGGAUAGCUUCACCUGUGCCAAUGGCGCCUGCAUAAUGAAGAAAUGGGUUUGUGAUUCCGACCCCGAUUGUCCCGAUGGCAGCGAUGAGCAAGGUUGCCAAACACCAAAUAAUAUGACAGCCUGCACGCGACAGGAGUUUCAGUGCAAGGAUCGCAUCACCUGCGUACAUCAGUCCUGGCUCUGCGACGGCGAUCGCGACUGUCCCGACGGCGAUGAUGAAGAUUCAACCAAUUGCAGGAGCGUCACCUGCAGACCAGAUCAGUUCCAGUGCGGGGAUCGCAGCUGCAUUGCCGGACAUCUCACCUGCAAUGGGGAAUCGGAUUGUGCGGAUGGCAGCGAUGAACGCGACUGCAGAUUGUCGGCACAGUCCAAGAGCUGCAACUCGACCAGCCAGUUCGACUGUGGAGGUGGACAGUGCAUUCCCUUGUCCAAGGUCUGUGACAAGCACAAGGACUGUCCCGAUGGCGAGGAUGAGCCCGCGGGCAAGUGUGAAGUGAACGAGUGCGCCUCCAAGAACGGCAACUGCAUGCACCGAUGCGUGGAUCAUCUGGUUGGCUACGUCUGCGAGUGCCAUGAGGGAUACAAGCUGUCCUCCGAUGGCCACACCUGUGUGGACAUCAAUGAGUGCGAGGAGCCAGGCGUCUGCUCCCAGCUGUGCGUGAAUGAGAUUGGCGGAUUCAAGUGCGAGUGCGAAGCGGGUUACAUGCGGGAUCCGCGCAAUCACACCAGAUGCAAGGCCACCGAAGGACACGCCUCCCUCCUGCUGGCCCGACGCCAUGAUAUACGCAAGAUCGCCCUGGACCACAUGGAGAUGACGUCGAUUGUGAACAGCACCAAGUCGGCGACGGCCCUGGACUUUGUCUUUCGCACGGGCAUGAUCUUCUGGAGCGAUGUGACCACACAGAGCAUCUACAAGGCGCCCAUCGACGAGGGCAACGACAAGACGGUGGUACUGAAGCAAUCGUCGGUCACUUCGGAUGGACUGGCUGUGGACUGGAUCUACAACCAUGUGUACUACACGGACACGCACAAGUGCACCAUCGAGCUGACCAACUUUGAUGGCAACAUGGGUAAGGUUCUGAUCGAGGAUGCGCUCGACAUACCACGCUCCAUUGCCCUCGACCCCAUCGACGGAUGGAUGUACUGGUCCGACUGGGGUGCCUCGCCCCGCAUCGAACGCGCCGGCAUGGAUGGCUCCCACCGCACCACGAUCAUCAACUACGACAUCAAGUGGCCCAAUGGUAUCACUUUGGAUCUGGUGCUGAAGCGCAUCUACUGGGUCGAUGGCAAGCUGAACGUCAUCUCCUCGGCCAACUACGAUGGCUCCCAGCGCAGACAGAUCCUCUACUCCACGGAGUAUCUGCGGCAUCCCUUCUCGAUAAGCACCUUUGAGGAUUACAUCUACUGGUCCGACUGGGAGAAGCAGACAGUCUUCAAGGCCAACAAGUUCACUGGCGAAGGUGUUGAACCCAUCACAGCUGUUCACAUGCUGCAGCAUCCUAUGGUCGUGCACGUGUAUCAUCCUUAUCGCCAGCCAGAUGGUGUCAAUCACUGUCAAUCGGUCAAUGGACACUGCUCUCAUCUCUGUCUGCCGGCGCCGCGUAUCAAUGAGCGCAGUCCGCGCAUCUCCUGCGCUUGUCCCACGGGUCUAAAGCUGAUGGCCGAUGGUCUGAUGUGCGUCGAAGAUCAUAAUACAGAAAGUACACGCCCAGUAAAGAAUAAACUAAAAACUACAACAACUAUAACACCUACAAAAACUACAACAGCUUCAACAUACGUGAAAUUACCUGAAGAUGCACCCAGUGCAGUGCCUGCAGACAAAGGAUCCGCGGCAAAUGCAACACACAAAGAUGACAGUAGCUCGGAACCAGCAAAAACACAAGAGCAGAAAUCGGGACUGAUAACAGUAGUUGUCAUCGUUGUACCCAUUGUUGCAAUAUUAGUUCUUGCAGGUGCAUGCUAUGUGUUCAUUAAGAGAUACCCGAAGCGGGGAAAUUCAAUGAAUUUUGUGAAUCCCACGUACAAUAAGACUACGGAGGAUACGUUCAGCUUGGAGAAGAACGCGCCCAUCAAUGCAAACAGUAAAUAUGCACCGGCAUUGGAUGAGGAGGAACCGUUGCGUGUUGAGGGCACAGAGUGUGUGUAAAAUUAAAGCAGAAGUAAGCCAUAUAAUGAGACAUAUCCAAACAUACUGCGGUUUAUCAGCAGCAGCUAAGACACCAACAACAAGAAAACUCCUAUUAUCAAGUCCUUUAAGUUAAGGCACCUCACUCAAAGAAACAAAGAGUAAAACUUUUGUUUAGCAAGUAGAAAGAAGCAUGCCAAAAAAAAAAGACAGCAACAACAACAACGACCAUAAUAACAAAUUUAACAACAUGGAAUCCACAACAGAAAGUAAAUUCAAUCACAACAACUAAAUGAACUACAAGUUAAACCACAACAAUUAAAUAUUGUGCUAUCAUGGGGAAAGAAAAUACUCAACAAAUUUAAUUUGUUGCCUAGUUUAACAUUUUAUUUAAAUUUAACAUAAAACACGCCCACAUUCACAUACGCCCACAAACUAAUACGCAACUUUUGCGGCUGGGGGAAACCUUUUGAGAUCAACAUGUAGCGUCAAAAUACACCCACACACAAGCACACACACAUUUGUAUGUACACUCACAACCACACACGCAUUCUCAUACUCACACACACACACACAUACACACGCAGGGAGCGAGCCACAAAGACACUUUCAUAUUCGAAAUUCAACCUUUCGCUUUAAGUAAAUGAAA